AUGAUUAAAUCUACACCUCAAUCAACAACACCUGCUCAAGCAUCUACAUCUGAAUCAACAACCACUGAACCAACAUCUACAUCGAUUACAGAAACAUCUACAUCUGAAUCAACAACAACAUCUACACCUCAAGCAACAACACCUGCUCAAACAUCUACAUCUGAAUCAACAGCAACCACUGAGCCAACAUCUACAUCGACUACAGAAACAUCUACAUCUGAAACAACAACAUCUACACCUCAAUCAACAACACCUGCUCAAACAUCUACAUCUGAAUUAAAAACCACUGAACCAACAUCUACAUCGACUACAGAAACAUCUACAUCUGAAACAACAACAUCUACAUCUCACUCACCAACCACUGAAUCAACAUCUGAAUCAACAACACCAAUAUCUACACCUCAAUCAACAACACCUGCUCAAUUAUCUACAUCUGAAUCAACAACCACUGAACCAACAUCUACAUUGACUACAGAAACAUCUACAUCUGAAACAACAACAUCUACAUCUCACUCACCAACCACUGAAUCAACAUCUGAAUCAACAAUACCAAUAUCUACACCUCAAACAACAACACCUGCUCAAGCAUCUACAUCUGAAUCAACAACCACUGAACCAACAUCUACAUCGACUACAGAAACAUCUACAUCUGAAACAACAACAUCUACACCUCCAUCAACAACACGUGCUCAAACAUCUACAUCUGAAUCAACAUCAACCACUGAACCAACAUCUACAUCAACUACAGAAACAUCUACAUCUGAAACAACAACAUCUACAUCUCACUCACCAACCACUGAAUCGACAUCUGAUUCAAGAACACCAACAUCUACACCUCAAUCAACAACUCCUGCUCAAACAUCUACAUCUGAAUCAACAUCAACCACUGAACCAACAUAUAAAUCGACUACAGAAACAUCUACAUCUGAAACAACUACAUCUGCAUCUCACUCACCAACCACUGAAUCGACAUCUGAAUCAACAAAAUCUACACCUCAAUCAACAACACCUGCUCAAACAUCUACAUCUGAAUCAUCAUCAACCACUGAACCAACAUCUACAUCGACUACAGAAACAUCUACAUCUGAAACAACAACAUCUACAUCUCACUCACCAACAUCUGAAUCAACAACACCACCAUCUACAUCUCAAUCAACAACACCUACUCAAACAUCUACAUCUGAAUCAACAUCAACAACUGAACCAACAUCUACAUCGACUACAGAAACAUCUACAUCUGAAACAACAACAUCUACAUCUCACUCACCAACCACUGAAUCAACAACAUCAUCAACACCAACAUCUACACCACAAAUAACAACACCUGCUCAAGCAUCUACAUCUGAAUCAACAACUACCACUGAACCAACAUCUACAUCAGCUACAGAAACACCUACAUCUGAAACAACAACCACUGAACCAACAUCUACAUCAGCUACAGAAACAUCUACAUCUGAAACAACAACCUCUACACCUCAAUCAACAACACCUGCUCAAACAUCUACAUCUGAAUCAACAUCAACCACUGAACCAACAUCUACAUCGACUACAGAAAAAUCUACAUCUGAAACAACAAUAUCCACAUCUCACUCACCAACCUCUGAAUCAACAUCUGAAUCAACAACACCAACAUCCACAUCUCAAUUAACAACACCUGCUCAAGCAUCUACAUCUGAAUCAACAACUACCACUGAACCAACAUCUACAUCAACUACAGAAACAUCUACAUCUGAAACAACAUCUACAUCUCACUCACCAACCACUGAAUCAACAACACUAACAUCUACACCUCAAUCAACAACACCUGUUCAAGCAUCUACAUCUCAAUCAACAACCACUGAACCAACAUCUACAUCGACUACAGAAACAUCUACAUCUGAAACAACAACAUCUACACCUCCAUCAACAACACCUGCUCAAACAUCUACAUCUAAAUCACCAUCAACCACUGAACCAACAUCUACAUCAACUACAGAAACAUCUACAUCUGAAACAACAUCUACAUCUCACUCACCAACCACUGAAUCAAUAUCUGAAUCAACAACACUAACAUCUACACCUCAAUCAACAACACCUACAAAUCAAUCAACAACAACUGUAACAUCGACAUCAAUAGCACCAACAUCUACCACUCAGUCAACAACAACUGAUACAUCCUCAACACAAACUGCACCAACAUCUACCCCUCUAUCAUCAACAACAACUGCACCAGCAUCUUCAUCAACUGCGACUGCAUCAAAUAUUUUAUUAUCUACAUCUACACAACCAACAUCAACCAGUCAAUCAACUGCAACGACACCUACAGAUCAAUCAACAACAACUGUAACAUCGACAUCAAUUGCACCAACAUCUACCACUCAGUCAACAACAACUGAUACAUCCUCAACACAAACUGCACCAACAUCUACCCCUUUAUCAUCAACAACAACUGCACCAGCAUCUUCAUCAACUGCGACUGCAUCAAAUAUUUUAUCUACAUCUACACAAGCAACAUCUACCAGUCAAUCAACUGCAACAACACCUACAAAUCAAUCAACAACAACUGUAACAUCGACAUCAAUUGCACCAACAUCUACCACUCAGUCAACAACAACUGAUACAUCCUCCAACACAAACUGCACCAACAUCUACCCCUCUAUCAUCAACAACAACUGCACCAGCAUCUUCAUCAACUGUGAAUGCAUCAAAUAUUUUAUUAUCUACAUCUACACAACCACAUCUACCUAG